AUGUCUGCAGUCAUGCCGGCUGACUGCUUAUAUUUUCUGGACACCCCGAGACACAGAGGUGAUGACCUGGCUGUCUGGUUUAUGUCUCAUGCUUUCAAGCAGGAAGACAGACAUUGUGACAAACUGUGCUGCUUGAUCCGGGACACGGAAGAAGUGCAUCCGGGAUUCAUGUCGUCACCUAUUGUUGGAUUAACAUUGUUUAGGUGUAUACAAAUGUCAAGACAGGAUGUCAUUCUGUGUCUGCUCUCAGAGGGUGCAGACGUCAACAUGAUGUUUAGAGGGCGCUGCAUGCUGCAUGAGGCUGUGAAAAUUGCCAAUGAAGCCAUGUUGUCAUUUGUGCUCGCACUACCCGGGGUAGAGAAAGACAAGUUCGAUGUGGAGACAAGAACUCCCCUGAUGGAGGCUGCAAGAGGCAGGCCUGGAUGUCUUAAGAUCCUUCUGGAGGGAGGCUGUGAUAUGAAACUGACAGAUUACAACGGCGACACCGCAUUCCAUCAUGCAUUUCAGUCUCCCCGUCCACGCAGGGAUGACAUCAUUUCCUGUUUGGACACAAUGCUUGAGUAUGGAGCAGACGUCAACUCCCGCGGCUCUCAAGGCAAGACUUGUUUACAGAAAGCUGUAGAGACUGGCAACCAUUGGUUAAUAAAAUGGCUGAUUUUUCACAACUGUGAUCUAAACGUGCAGCUAAGAAACUGCAGAGUACAACUGGCACUGUUUCAAGCUCUUCGAUUUUGCAACGAAAUUCCUUUACUGAUCGCGAUUAAGCGAGCAGAUCGAGUUCUGGUAGAGGUGAUGAUUGCUUGCGGCUGUGAUUUCAGACAGUACAACUACAAGUGGGUGUUGGACUACUGCAGACAAUUCAAGUUACUGUACAACAGCCUGGUAAAUUCCUUUUCUGGGGCGGAGUCGCUCCAGAGCUGCUGCCGCAAGGUCAUUCGAAAGUGUCUGACCACAAAUAUUGUAGCCGAGUCUAGACAGCUGCGUCUGCCAGUGGCGCUGCAGAAGUAUGUCUUAUGCCAGGAAGAAUUAAAAGCACUGGACCAUUGGGGUACAUAA